CAAAUGAACAAAGGAGGAGAGGAGAGGAGAGACCACACAUGCACAGUUUAGCAUUAGGAAUUUCAUCCACAUAAGGACUUUGCUCCACCUCAGCUGGCUCUGCUCCUAUUAAGGUGAUGAGCUCGCUGCCACUCACCCGGGUUGCAGCUAACUCUUCUCUGUCCGUACUUGUGGAUACAAAGGCUGUGCUCCUUUGUCCUCCUGACAACUCCACAGCUUUGCUGGUAACAUGGACAAUAAGCCCCAGAGACCAGCCUCCCUGCACUAGAGCCCACAGGAGAGACAACAAUGAGACCAGUGAAAGAAACUGUACUGAUGCGAGAAUAUCCUGGGAGUCCAGACCUGAUCAGAAUCCUUCCCUUCAGAUUGACCCCGUGGCCCUCACUCAUGAUGGAUGUUACAGGUGUGAAGUGGCUGCAGCUGAUGGGCUUUUUGGUCAUACAUAUUACCUCCAAGUGUUAGUGCCCCCCAAGGUGACCCUGUUUCAAGGCAGCAAUGGAACUGUCGUGUGCAGGGCAGCUGCAGGGAAGCCAUCUGCACAGAUCUUCUGGACCCCAGAGGGAGAUUGUCACACUGAGGAAGAACCCCUGGGCAAUGGUACAGUGACCGUCCAGAGUACAUGCCACUGGGAGGACCUCCAGGUGUCUAAUGUGUCCUGCUCUGUCUCCCAUGUGACUGGCAACCAGAGUCUGUUCUUACACCUGAAAACAGGUGACCAGUUAUCACUAAACUCUACUUUUUAUAUAACCUCCUUUUUUUGGUUUGCCUUCGUUUUGGUUGCCUUGAUCGUUGUGGGAUCCAUUGGGCUUUGGAAAACCCAUUGCUGCAGAAAAUGCAAAUUAAAAAAAACAGCAGCUACUUCAGUUGUUGAGGAGGAAGAAAUGCAACCUUAUGCCAGCUACACAGAGAAGAACAAUCCACUCUAUGAUACUGUGAGCAUGAAGUGGUCUCAGGUGUUACAAAGUAAAAUUGAUAGACUGUAUCUCCAUACUUCAUAAGUUAUUGGAGCAGCAGAACAAAUGAGUAAAUAUAAGGCAGAGCUACUAUUUUGAUUUUCUUAGAGCUCUAUUAUGGAAAACCCAUUUUGGAAUUAGCUUUUCAAGGAUUAUGAGAAGAUAGAGAUUUUUAAAGAAUUUGGAUACAUAUCCUUUUGUAAUUGAAAUUUUAGAAUAUUAGCUGCUAUUAGCUAGUUCUCUGAAGAACUGAUAUUAUUACAAAGAAAGCAAAUGCUCAUGAUAAAAUACUCAAAUUGUUUAGUGUAAUAGAUAAUGAAAACUGAGUUUCCUCUAGAAAGAACUCUGUAGAAGAAACAAUCAACAUAUUUUAUGUAUUCUUCCUGAAAAUUUUAUGUACAUACAUCUGUACACCCAAGGUAUGGGUGUAUAUUCAUAGAUCUAUUUACAUAUAUAUACACAUAUCCUUGCUAAGACACAAAUGGGAACAUAUCAUGAUGUUCUUCUGCACUUAUAGAAAGCUAAUAAUAUGAUAGGUCUUGGAGAUCUUUUAUAUCAAAGAAGCAGAGCUACCUCAUUCUUUUUAAUGGUUAUAAAAUUCCAUUGUAUGGUUAUGUCAUAAUUUAAUUAAUCAAAGUCCUAGUGAUAGACAUUUAGAUUCCUUUAAGUUUUAUUUGUUUGUUUCAGUAUUAUAAGCAAUACCACAUAGAACGUUUCUUGUAGAAAGAUCUCUUUGUAUUUGUUUAAGUAUAUUUAUAGAAUAAAUAUAAUGGAAUUUCAGGUCAAAAGGGUUUGUGCAUUUUUUUUUAUUGCAUUGAUAUGUUAAAUUGUAUCAAUUUACAUUCCCUUCAAACGUGUUUGAAUGUGCCUUUCCAUAUACUGUUAUUUUAGUAUCUACAAAUUCCCACUUCUUGUUUUUAAUCAGUUAACUAAUGUAAUAUAUGAUUAUAAUAAAAAUUACACUGUUUGACAAAAUUGAAUUUAUGUUUUUCUGUCAUGAAAGAAAGCAGGAAUAAGAGAGAGGGAACACAUGUGAGGAAUUACUUUCUGAACUCAUAUCUCAAUAGAAAUUGAUAGCUAAUGCCUAAUAGUUUCUAAAGAUGUGAUAAAUUGAAAUUGUGUAUUUUCCUGAUGUACAUUUUAUUGUGAGGUGUUUAGCAAAUAAUCAAUGUUCAUUGAGCAUAUAAGCAGCUAAAUAUGCAUUAUGAAGAACUUGAAUAUCCAUAGAAUUUGGUGUCUGUGCUAAGAGAAUGGCCAAGGGAUGACAUGACUCUUGCCUUCAAUUUUUCUGUGGAAUACAGUAUUAAUAAUGUGGAGGUGGGUAUUAAGGAGGGCAUGUAUUACAUGGAGCACUGGGUGUGGGGCAUAAACAAUGA